AUGCCCAAAGUUAACCUCUUUGUGGAUACAACAUCAACAACACCUUCGAUAAAUAAUUGCACAACAAUAGAAAGUCCAUGUACUUCAAUACUGGAAGCAGUAGGAAUUGUGGACACUUUUAAUUCUGUGAGGAGUGCAACUGCAUUCUCCAUUUUACUUUUAUCUGACAUUAUUAAAAAUGAUGAAGGAAUUAACUGUUUUGUUCCUAUAACUUUGAAAAAUCCAAGUUUUGUCUCAAAAUUUACUUUCCAAGCCUACAAUAACACAAUUCGAUCGGAAUGCCAAAUAAUUUUAAAUUCAAAUGUAUUUAUUACUUUUUCUAACAUAGAAUUUACAUCAGUAGAAUCACUUCCAACAUCAGUUGAAGUUGUUACAAUAGAAUAUUCUUAUUGUAAAUUUAUUGGAAUUAAUGUGGUGAAGACUUUUGUGAGAGGUUUAUAUUCUUUUGCAAAUUCUAUCAUUGAGAAUAGCUCUAUAGAAAUUAGGUCUGCCUAUGGGAUAACAUUUAGAGAUUCAAUUAUCAGGAAUAGUCAACUCAAAUUUUCAUCUUCAAACUCGUUUUUUUUCAUGAGUAGUGAAUUAAGAGAUUCUUCAAUGACAGUAGAAGAUACAAGGACAUCCCAAGCUCUAUAUUCAAAAUUUUAUAAUGAUUCCUCAAGCUUUUUUUCGAUUGGAUCUUUGAGUUUUUUCAAUUCUAAUUUUGAUCAAGGAAGAUUAAGGGAAUAUUUCUUUAUCAAUAGUUUAGUAAUGCAAUCAUGUACAUCCAACAGCGGUAAAUGGUUCAACGCUAGAUCAAUAAUUUCGGCAGCAUUCACAGAUUGUACAAUAACUGGUGAUGGAAGAAAUAGAAACUCUGAAUCAGUUUUAUUAGAUACAAUAGAUUCUGUGAGGAUUAUUGGCUUUGUUAUUACAAAUUAUAAGGGCAGUGGUAUUAGAAGUUUUAAUAUUGGAAAUUUGAGUAUUUUAUCCUCAAUAUGCAAAAAUCUGGAAUCUUUUGCCGGAGAUGCGUGCUUUACAACUUCAGGUGUUAAUAUAGUUACUUUUGACCAGUGCUAUUUCACAAAUACUUUAGGUACAUCUCUUUCAAUUUCGAGCACAAACGAAAUUACCGUUAAGAAUUCAUUAUUUUCGAAUGGCAUUGGUACAUCCAUUAAUGCUCUUAUUUCAGAAAAUCUAUUGUUAGACUCAGUUUCCUUCCUAAAUAAUACAAUUGCACCAAGGGUAAACGAAUUACAAAAUGGUUUUGACCUUAGUAUAAUGAAUAUUCGUCAAGUAACUAUUCGAUCCACAACAACAAAUGGCCCAGAAAUUACAAAUGGUUUUAGUAUUUAUUGCAGAUUACUAAACGUUAAAAAAGUAAAAGGGGAGUUUGAAUGCAAGAGAUCUAGUUCUGGACAAGUUAGUGGCUGCUUUUUUAUGUGGUUAAAUGAACCGUAUGUGCCUGGAACUGUAGAUGUUGAGGUCAAGACAAAUCAAGAUAUUUCUAAAUUGGAAUAUGGAAAACUAAUUGCUUCAACGCCAAAUAGAGUGGAGGUCAGCCCAGAUAAUGAAGUAUAUAAGAAUGGGAUGGUGAAUUUAUAUCCGGGUCAAGUUACAAAUUUGAAAUUAUUGGCAUAUGAUUACCUUAAUAUUAGUCAGCCAUAUCUUUACAAAAGGUUAAUUUUACAAAUGAAUGGAACCCACAUUUAUUCAGAUGAUUUUGUAAACACUACUAUGAUGGGGGUUUCAUUUUACAUAUUUCAUCCCUCACUUAUAGGUACAGUUGCAUAUAUGAAGUUUAUCAGGGAGCGUACAAUAUCAAAUGUGUCAGUAUUAAUUUCUGAUUGCCCUUCUGGACAUAAACUAAGUUGUGUAAAUGAGAACCACUAUAUUUGCGAAAAAGUUUUGGAUCUGACUUCUAUAGUUGUUGGUGCUGUAUUUGGAUUUAUUUUGCUAUUAAUUAUAGGUAUAUCAGUAGGGUCAAUUUCAUUUUAUGUUGUUAGAAAACAAGUUGUAAACAAACUUAAAACUCUGAAAAACAAAGAGAUGGCUGAAAAGGAAAUACAAGAAAAGAUUAUUUCUAAGGAUAUCAUUUUUGAUGGAUUGGAAAGUGAAGGAAAUUGUAUAGAUUCCACAAAAUUUGCCCCAUCAUUUUUAAUUCCUGUAGAUAGCCUUUGUAUCGUUAAACAAUUAGGUUCAGGAGGAGGAGGAAUUGUUUAUGAGUGCACCUGGAAUGGAACUCAGGUUGCAAUUAAAACUAUAAGAAAUGAUAAUGUGGACAAUGAGGAAUUUGAGACUGAGGUUUCACUUCUUAAGAGUUUAAGACAUCCAAAUAUUGUUUCUUUUUAUGGAAUAAGUCUAACUUCUAACUCUAAAAUUCUAGUUAUUGAAUAUAUGGAGAAAGGUAGCUUGGAUACUCUAAUUAACGAGUGUAGGGUAGGAAGAACUUCAAUUUCACUAAAAAAGAAAUUGGAUAUUUUGCUUGAUAUUUCCAGUGGUAUGGAUUAUCUUCACACAAUCAAUCCAAAGAUUAUUCAUAGAGAUUUAAAACCUGGUAAUGUCUUGCUGGAUAAGAAUUUAAGAUGUAAAAUUUCAGAUUUUGGAUUGAGUAAAGUUUCUACUGAGGGAACAAUGACACAAAAUAUAGGUACCAUGUUGUAUCUAGCUCCAGAGAUGUUUAACGGUACCAAUCCAAGCGAAAUAUCAGAAAAAUUGGACGUCUUUAGUUUCAGUAUUAUAAUGUAUGAAUUACUGUUUGAAGUUACGCCCUACCUGACUUUUUCAUCAAGAAAGAUUUAUCGUUUUCGAUCUGCUCCAAAUAUCAAUCAAGAUACUGCAGCCUUCUCAGUUCCAUCAAAGGUUGCAAAAGGAAUUCGUCCAGUAGUUCCCUUCUUAAAUGAUGAAGAGUUGGAAUUGUGGGUUCAGGAACAUAUUUAUCCCUCAGAACAAUCCACACUGAAUUCACUCCAAACCUGCAUUACAAUUAUUUCCAGAUAUGUUUCAUUGAUGCAAAAAUGUUGGAGUCAAACACCUAGUGAAAGACCCUCAUUCUCAUACAUUUUACAUGAAUUAUCAAAUCUUCAAUCUCUUUAA